AUGAUGCUGCUUCUCAGCAUCCUCCUGCUGUCGCCCAUAACCACCACGCCAGGGCAUGGCGACGAGAGAGCUCUUGUGGAUUUCAGGGCAAAGAUCACCAACGACUUCGGGGUGCUGGCCUCCUGGAACAGCAGCACCAGCUACUGCAGCUGGGAGGGCGUCACAUGCGGCCGCCGGAGACGUGUGGUUGUUCUAGACCUCCACUACCAGGGGCUCACAGGCACCAUCUCCCCUGCCAUUGGCAACCUCACCUUCCUGAGGGGGCUCAACCUUAGCUUCAACAGCCUGCAUGGUGGCAUCCCUCCAACCAUUGGUUCCCUCCGCCGCCUCUGGUAUCUAGACCUGCGGGACAACUCACUUGUCGACACCAUCCCAAGCAACAUCAGCCGUUGCACCAGCCUCAAAAUAUUGGUGAUUGCUGACAACCAGAACUUGCAAGGAAGCAUACCAGCCGAGAUCGGUAACAUGCCCAUGCUAAGUGCCCUCGAACUCUACAACAACAGCAUCACUGGAACCAUCCCGCCAUCUCUGGGGAACCUUUCCCGGCUUGCAGUCCUGUCCCCCAAGGGCAACCAUCUGCAUGGAUCCAUUCCCGAAGGAAUUGGGAGCAACCCACAACUCUGGUUCCUUCAGCUCUCUAUCAACAACCUCUCAGGACUGCUACCACCUUCACUGUACAAUCUGUCAUCUUCGAAAGUGUUUUACGCUGCUGUGAAAAACCUUCAUGGUCAUCUCCCAGAAGAUCUCGGAAGAAGCCUGCCUAAAGUGUAA